AUGGACGGUUUAGUCAACAGCGUUAACGGCGUAGUUGAAAAAGUUGAGAAGCUCAUUAUUGAUACUGACCCUGGGAUCGAUGAUAGUAUGGCGAUUAUGAUGGCAUUUCGUUGUCCUGAGGUGGAGGUGCUGGGUUUGACAACGGUUUUUGGUAAUGCUGCUACUGAAGAUGCCACGCGUAAUGCAUUGCUUUUGUGUGAGAUUGCAGGCCGUGGAGAUCUUCCUGUUGCAGAGGGAAGCUUUGAGCCAUUAAAGGGUGGAAGGCCUCGUGUGGCUGAUUUUGUUCAUGGUAAAGAUGGAUUAGGGAACUUAUUCCUACCUGAUCCUGUAGCUAGUAAAAUUGACAAAAGUGCUAGUGAGUUUUUAGUGGAGAAGGUAUCUGAAAGUCCCGGUGAAAUAACUGUCCUAGCACUUGGACCACUUACAAACGUAGCUCUAGCAAUCAAAAGAGAUUCUUCUUUUGCAAGCAAGGUGAAGAGAAUAGUUGUGCUUGGUGGUGCAUUCUUUGCCCUGGGGAAUGUCAAUCCAGCUGCAGAAGCAAAUAUAUAUGGAGACCCGGAAGCAGCAGAUAUUGUGUUUACCUCUGGGGCAGAUGUUGUUGUUGUUGGUAUUAACAUCACAACCCAAGUGCAAUUUACAGAUGCUGAUCUCCUUGAACUGAAGGAAUCAAAAGGAAAGCAUGCAUCUCUUUUAAGUGACAUGUGCAAAUUCUAUAGGGAUUGGCAUGUCAAAUCCGACGGUGUCUAUGGAAUUUUCCUACACGACCCUGUUAGUUUUGUGGCAGUUGUGCGUCCAGAUCUUUUCACAUACAAGAAGGGAGUAGUGAGGGUAGAGACACAAGGCCUCUGUGUUGGACAUACACUUCUAGACCAAGGACUAAAAAGAUGGAAUACGAGCAAUCCAUGGACGGGUUAUUCACCAAUUUCAGUAGCUUGGACUGUGAAUGUUGAUGGGGUUCUUAGUUACGUUAAGGAGUUGUUGAUGAAACCCUGA